GGGGCAUGGCCUGUUAGGGGCCCCCGCCGGUGCGGACUUGGGUCCGGGGCAGGGCACGGCCGGGGGAGGGAAGGUCCUUCCCCUGGUGCCGCGCGGCCGGCGGCAGCAUGAAAAAGAACCAGACGGUGCAGGGCACCUUCAGCAAACUCUUCGGCAAGAAGCACGCCAACCCUCCCAACACUUCCCUCUAUGCCACCAACCCCCCCUGGAUCUUCACCCAGGAGGCCCCGGAGGAGGGGAGCCGGGACUUCGGUGCUAUUUAUUAUGGAGAUAAUCGGUUUGACUCUGUGAGUGAGUCAGGAACAGCCACACUGAAAGCUCGACCAAGAGUCCGGCCCCUCCUGACCUUCCUUCCACUGAAUGCCCAGGAGAACCAUGGACUGGCUGUGCCCACCCCCUCUGUCCCAGGAGAAUUUGCGGACAAAGAAGUAACAGGUACCAGCUCACUAGUCAACGGCAACCUCCGACUGUACAGCUCUGUGGGUGACCUGAGGCCUGGGCACUAUGGGCAGGACCCACUCAUCCCCCCACCUCCCCCAGGCCCAGCCCCAGGGCCACCCACAGAUGCUUCUCAACCUCAAGAGGAGUCCCCCCCACCCCCACCUUCCAUGGCGCCCCCACCACCUCCCCUGCUACUGGAACCCCCACCCCCACCCAGCACGGCUCCACCCCCACCUCCAGUACUGGGGGCCCCAGCCCCUCUCUCCACCCUUUCCUCCCCAUCCACACCCACCCCUCCGGACUUCAUUCCUCCUGCCCCACCCUUGGCCUCUCUGGUCCCACCCCCACCCCCUCUGCCAGCCCCAGCACCCCCAGCAUCUCCUCACAGGACAGGGACUCGCCUCUUUGCCCCUGGGGGUGUCACCAAGUGGAAAUCGGAGGUAGCGCUGAAUGGAAGGCAGCCAGAGACCCCCAGAACCAGUCCCCCCCAAAGCCCAGCUGAGCCAAAGGGGAGCCUUCUGGGGCCCAAGCCAGACCCCCACCUUACUUUUCCGCGCUCAUUCAAGGUGCCUCCCCCAACCCCAGUCAGGACUUCAUCCAUCCCAGCUCAGGAAGCACAGGCGACUCCUGUAGAGGAAGGGGCCACCAAGAAAGCCCCCCACCGACUCCCACUGCCUCCCAGCUUCCACAUCCGCCCCGCGUCCCAGGUCUAUGCAGACCGGACCCCUGAGCCAGACCACUCAGGGGAGCUCAAGACUACAGCACCAGCCAGCCCCGGCCUGGGCCAGGGCCAGUCCUGGACUAAGGAACAGGCCGAGACUCUGCCACCAGCCCCUCCCCUGCCCUCUCCCGCACCCCCGCAACCUCCCCCUGCACCGCCACUUCCCCCACCUGCCCCUCCUUUACCUUCCGCUGAGAAGGCAGUGCCUCAGCCUUCCGGGUUUGGGAAAAGCCGCCCAUCCAGCUCCCCUGCUCCCAAACCCAAACCGAACCCCCCCAGCCCAGAGGACGCAGCCUCUUCAGCACCUGUGGACUGGAGGGACCCCAGCCAGAUGGAAAAGCUGCGGAGCGAGCUGGCAGCCUAUCUCUGUGGCUCCAAGAGGGAGGACCGAGUCCUCAGUUACUCGGCUGGCCCCAUGGUGGUGGCCUCCCAGGAAAAGGAGGGCAAGAAGGUCCCCAGCCCGCCGGAGAAGGAGAUCCUCCCGAGCGUCCCUGAGAAGAGUCCCUGCAGCCUGCCUGACAAGGGGGCUGCCACCAGCCUCACCCUCCCUCCCGUGGACUACAUCCCCCAAGAGUCCCCUGCUCCCAGUGUCCGGCAGAUCCGCAACGAGCUGGAGGCCCGCUUUUCCUCCUCAGCAGAGAAGGAAGCCAAGCCCAGCAUAGGGUCUCUGCCUCCCAAGCCUCAGCUAGAAGGGGGAAGAAGCUUUGAAAACAGGGGGACUAAUGGCAACUUCUCUAAGCCCAUAGCCAAGAAUCUCCCCUCUCUAUCCGCUACCCCUCUGCCAACCACACCACUUCAGUCCAAGGCCACGCCUGGGCCAGCCACACCACCCAAGGCCACGCCUGGGCCAGCCACGCCACCCAAGGCCACGCCUGGGCCAGCCACACCCACCAAGGCCACGCCUGGGCCAGCCCUACCACCCAAGCCCGGGCCCGGGCCUGCCAUACCAUCUGCGGCACCACCUGUGGCCACCACAUCUCCCCAGCCGACAGAGAACCUUGUCCCAGCUGGGCAGUGGGAGAAGCCCAGACCUCAAGAACUUACAGUGCCCAGCCAGCUAGAGGCAGAAGGGCACCCCACAGAGCCCAGUAAACCUCCUACCCCAGGAGCCCUCUCAGCUCCAGCCUUCCCACCAAAGAGAUCCCCUGGCGGGGAAGAGGUGACAUUCCUCUACAAGCUCCAUCGCACCCAGAAGAGCCCCAGCCAUGAGGUUACCGUGGGGACGGCACCACUGGCCACAGGUUCAGCCCACAGGUCAGGGGGACCUGAGGAGGAGAAGGAGCCCCAGGGACAGCCAGCCAAGCCCCCCACCUCGGCCCAGCCUGCCGACGAACUCCUCAGGCAUCCGGUGACCGGGGAGGUGGUGCAGCCAGGCUCCCCAAUGGCUCUGCUCCUUGCCGCCAGGCAGAGGGCCCAGAAGGGGAGGCCAGGAGGGCUGGCCCUGAGCCGGUCCUCCCUGCCCGGGAGCCUUCGGGGCCACAGCAGCCAGCCCCAAGCAGGCUCUGACAGCAUCUUCCACAACGAGGGCCGGCCCAACUCCUUCACUGUGGUCCCCAAGUUGCCCAAGGAGGCUGAGAAGGACACUCAGCUGGCCUCACCGGUACAGCCCACCAUACCCAGUCCGUGGAAGCCCCAGCCCCGCGGAGACCCGGAGGGCAUGGUGCCAAGCCUCAGACACAAUGGGACAAAGGCAGAGCCCCAGGCCCCAGUGGCCUGGGAAAGACCAGCAUCCUCCAACCUCCCCCAGGGCCGCGUGCUGCCCAAAUCCUUCUCGUCCCCUCCUUCCCCUUCCUGCAAGGACGACAAGGAGGACCACGAGGUGGGGGAGUUCCACUUUGAGGUCAUCCCGCCACCGCCAGAGUUCAGCAACGACCCCGAGCCCCCCGCCCCGGCCUUCCAGUAUUUGGGGCGUCGGGGAUCCCCUCCCCGGAACAACUUCUCAAACUUGGGGCAGCCCUCAGCGCCUCGCGGCUUCUCGCGCCUUCCGGCCGGUGGGCACCACGCCCGGGCUGGGGGCCUGGAGCGCUUCUCGGGCGGGGGUCGGUCGCUCAUCAAGAAGCGCCUGUAUGUCGGGGAGCCCCACCGCAACCCCGGGCAGCCCCGCGGCGGCACCGGCCGCAGCCUCAGCUCCCCAAACUGCUUCGGGCCGCCACCAGGAGGCCCGGAAAUGCGGCGCGUCAACUCAGCGGGCCGCGCGCUCCCCGGAGGCCUGCACGCUCGAAGGCUGUCCAUGGAGGGCGCAGCCCGUGGGGAAGCCAAGUUCAAGGCGUCCGGAGGCGACUUCGGCUUCACCCCUGUGGCUGGCAGGUCUCCCCACAGCACCCCCCACUACGGAAGCCCCAUCAACACAUUCACCGUGAGGCCUGGGACCCGCCAUCCCAUCUCCUAUGCCUACUCGGGGAACCACCGGCAAGCCCCGUCCUGAGCCCCAGGUGUUCUCAGCUCUACUCCGAGGGGUCAGAUCUGGGCACUUGUUUUUGGGGGGGUGGGAGGGAUGUGGCGGGCAUUAGGCAUCCGGACUUAAACAUGGAGGAGUCUUUGUUACCCAAACGCAGAUGCAGAUAUCAAGUGAGAAGCAAGAGAAAGAUCAAGGGCGGGCCUCUGGCUCCUGAAGCACUGGUGUGGCUUGUGGACUACACGAGGGAGGGGAGGGAGAAGGAGGGAGGAGAGGAGGCGCCUUUAAGGGCCUGGAGCCUGAGUUUCCCCUACCUGGUACUGUUGGCUUUAGCAAGAGUAACUUAAAGCUGUUUGACAAGCAGGCCUACUGAGCAGGUUCUAAAAGCAAGGGGUGGGGCACUCACUGCGUCCCUCUACCUGGCUGUAAUUGGCUGUCUGGCACUCCCAAAGGGCUGAGAGCCAGCUCCAUCCGGCUAGGGCUGCAGGGAACUACGGGUUGAUCUCAAUCCACCAUUUGCCACUCUAAGAGCUGAUUCCUGGGGUUCCUAGCAUAGAAGCCACAUUGAGGUGGGACCAGGAAGAGGCAUGGACAAGGUGUGGAGAAGGUACUGGAACAGAGUUCUUCGCAUUGGCCAAGGGCAGGGAUAAGGAGGGUCAAAGGUUCACUGGCCCUGGCCCUUAGCUACCUCAGCUGCGGGGAAGCCUAGGGAGAGAAGACCUGGCAAGUAUGGGAUGGGAGACAGAGGACCAAGUCUUGUUUUCCUACUCAGACCUAGGCAGCCAUGAUUUGGGGGAUUGGGCCCAAGGAGCCAGAAGGCCUGGGGGCAUGACACCAAAGGCCUAAUACAGCCAGAACCUAUUUGGGAGUUGGUGGGGGCAUCCUAACCAGCUACCUUUCCCAAUCCCAACAGUACAGGUCCCCAGUAUUAGGGAGGCUUUAAAAUGCAUAGUAAAGAUGCUGGGAGAUACAGAGUGGGAGGCUGCAGAGAUGGGCACUGGGAUCUGAGAAGUGUUUGCUGCUGACCGGGAGUGCGUUUUAGAAAGUCUAGAGUUGGUAGGACAGGGCAAGUUCAGAGCAGGGGAGACCGGUCAGUGCGGUGACCAUUUAUCUUUGGCCUGGGCAGUGUGGGUUUAUGCCUCUUUGCCUGUGAAUUAGACCCCCAUCCACUUUCCGAAGUAGUCCUGGUUUGGAGGACAUAUAUCUCCCAUACAUAUCAGGAAACAGUAUUCCUCAGUCUGCCUUCCCUCUCCCCUCUGGAGGCGGAAUUCCUGGGGCCAGGCCAAGGCGGGCCACCCCUGUAAGGAGGAAGGGCAGGGAGUGACUCACCAGGGGAGCAGCUGGUGGGGGCAGCCAGGAAGCAGUGCCCUUGGGGGGCAAGCUGUUGGACCUUUAUGACUUGAUCUAACCAGCCAGGUACCGGGCUGUGGGGACAGGAGGGGAACUAGUUCAGGGAAAGAGAGUGCAGGCACCCUAAUGGGGCAGGAUCUGGUUUCCUGUGUUCAAGAAGCGAACUCCACCCCAACCAGCACUGGCCCUAUAAAUAUGUAUGUAUUUCCCCCUGUACAAUGUUUUAUAAAAGACUUCCCUAAUUUAUCUUCUGUGUCAGGUUUGAGGAGUGGGACGGGACUCCCAGCUGUAUAUUGCCCCAGAGGGAGGGCAAGGACUGGCUGUCACUUGACUUGGGAAAUAAACUGGCCAGUUCGGACUGGCCUCAGCUCCCUGGCUGUGGAUUGAUGACUUGGAGCUAGCUACUUGGGUGUGAUAGAGAUUGGAAGAGCUCAGCUGGGGAAGGCUGAGUAUGGGGUGGCGACUGAACCCAUGAGCCAUUUUGCUGGGGCCACACUUUCUCUUCUGACCCUUAAGCCUGUCGUUCUUUAAAUCUUUCAAGGGGGAGGAGCAGAGCUAAAGUGUGGUGGCAACACAUCCUUAAGCAAGUCUCUUUGACUCUCUGAACCUCAGUUUCUUCUUCUGUAUAAUGGGCAGGAUAAUAAUGCCUUCCUAACAAGGCUGCUAUGAAGAUCAGAGAUAGUCACGUGUUCCUUAACAAGUAUUUGAGGGACGGCUGGGCGGUGGGCACUGUGCUUGGCAUGGAUACGCAUGACUCCUGCUCAUGGCCAAUCUCAUGGAGGAGAGAGGGGAUAAAAACAACACCCAGAAACAUCACGCAGUAUAAUAAGUGGUGGGAAGGAAAGGCACAGGGAGUGUGAGAAUAACCGGAGGGUGGGGGAGAGGAGUGGAUUUGCCUUAAUCGGGUGGUCAGGGCAGGCCUCUUGAAGCGGUAACAUUUAUGCCCAUUUCGUCAAAGCAUCCAAAAGUGUCCGGCAGUCAGUAGUUGUUCAAUAAAUUUGCAUUUUUGGCA